AUGAUAUCUAAAGAUAAUUACACAUGUCCAAUUUGUUUAGGAGUUUUUGUAGAACCUUGCAAAUUAUAAUGUCAACAUAUUUUUUGCUUAUCUUGCCUGCUUAAUUUAGUUGAUUUUAAUUUCCUUUAAUAUAAAUGUCCUAUGUGUCGAAAUGAAUUUAUGAAUAAUAAUAGCCCUUUUUAAAUUGAUUAAGAAACGCAAAUCUUGGUUUAGACUUAUUUCAAAGAAGAAUUUCUUCUAAGACAAGAAGAAAUUACCAAAAUUCAAUAAUAGAAACAGAAUGAAAUGAGAAUUAGAGUUAAUUAUGGCAAUUCUUAUAACUACUUGGAGGAAGAGAAAAAUAACAAACACUUAUGGACUGUUUUUGUAAAUCUUGAUUAUACUAACAUAUAUGAUUAAGCUACUUUAAAUCAAAUGAAAUUAUUGGAUUUAAUUGAAAGUGUGACGUUUUAUUUAGAUGAAACUUUUGAUCCAGAUCAAAUUAUAAUAAAAUAUCCACCAUUUUAAUUAACUAGAAAAGGAUGGGAUGUUUUUAGUAUUCCGAUAAAGAUCUAAUUCAAAAAAUAAUAUAAGCUCAAUCCAAUUGAAAUAGAACAUCAUCUUGUUUUUUAGAACGAUGGGAUACUUAAAACUUAAAUUAGUAAAAUAAAUGCAAAUAAUAUUAUAAAAUAAUUAGAUGAGUAAAAAUAGAUUGAAUUGUAAAAAAAAUAGAAACAAGUUGGGGUAAAAAAUAAACAAUUUUGGAAAAUAUGA